AUGACAAAAAUAAAAAUAAUACACGAUUCAAUAUAUCAUUCUACAUAUUUUUAUGGAGAUGAAAUAGAAAUUAUAAAUUCUCCAGAGUUUCAAAGAUUACGUUUUAUUAAAUAGAUGGGAUUAUUUGAAUUUGUAUAUCCUGGAGCUUCACAUAAUCGAUUUGAACAUUGUUUAGGUACUUGUAGUUUAUCAAAAAUAUUUUUAAAAAAAUUAAUAAAAAAUAGCACUGAUUUAGAUAUAUCUAAAAGAGUAAAAUCAUUAAUUUUUAUAGCUGGAUUAUGUCAUGAUUUAGGGCAUGGACCAUUUUCACAUUUGUUUGAAAAAACUCUAUAGUAUAAUAAUAAAUUUAAACAUGAAGAUUGAAGUGUAAAAAUUUUAGAUUAUAUUAUUAAUAAAAAUUCUAUAGAUAUUAAUAAUAAAGAGUUAAAUUUUAUAAAUUCUUUAAUAAAAGGCUAGGGUAAAGGAUAUUAGUUUGAAAUAAUAGCUAAUAAUUAUAAUGGUUUAGAUGUAGAUAAAAUUGAUUAUAUAAUGAGAGAUGCUAAACAUAUAGGUAUAAGACAUAACAUAAAUCCUGAAUUAUUAUUUGAAAAAAUGAAAGUAUAUAAUAAUCAAAUAUGGUUUGAUUGA